AUGCUUAUCGAGAGCAGUUUCCUCAGAUCAAUGAAGAAGAUAGGUGAGAACAAGUUUGCAUGGGUGAUAAAGAACUUCUCCUCGUUGCUGUAUGAAACUUUUCAUGAACAUACAUUUGAGAUUGAUACUGACUUGUGCCGCUGCCGCCUUUCAGUCACUCCCUAUGGAAAUAAUCCUCAAUACUUUGGUUUCCGUAUGUUGAUUGCUUACGAUCCAUCAUUGCCUCCUGGAAUAAAAAGACAUUUUAGUUAUCGCCUAACUAUAGUGAAUCCACGUUCGGAAAACCAAUCCAUUAUUCUAGGAGGACCACAGUGGUUUGAUUCGCAGACAAUGGAAUGGGGCUCUGUAAACUUUCCUGGCCUUUCAUCACUUCGAGACAAAGAUGAUGAAGUCAAGAUUGUUGCAGAGGUUGAUGUUCUUGAAGCUAUUGACAAGUUAUAUAUACCAAAGAAACUCGAGAAAACAACCAUAUCUCAGUGCAAGGUAGAGGAAAAGAAUGACGCAGUUUCUAGCGUGUUGCUCAAGGAAGCUUCAGCAAUAAAGGAAGAAACUUUGCGGGGUAUCAUUGAGAGACAUCUAGACAAUGCAGUAGGGUUUCGUUCAAAGAGCAAAUAUCUGAGGAAAGCAUGCAUAAACUCCCUUCUAUUUCUAAUAGAGACGUUGUGCCAAUCACCAAAAGAGCUUUCCAGUGAGGAUCUCGAGCAAGCAGACGUUACAUUGACAUAUCUGAAAGAGACAGGAUUUAAGUUUGAUUAUUUGGAUGAGAGGCUGGACCAGGUACAAGAAAAGAAGGAGAAAGAGAUGUCUUGUUUGGCCAAUCAACAAGAAACAGAGGAAACUCUACUAAACUUGAAGCAAAAGCGUUCAGAGCUUAAGGCAAAGUUGGCGGAUUUUAAAACUCCUCUAUCAUUCGAUGAUAAUUCAAUCAUCCAUACUUCAUUUUGUUUGGUUUGGUUUUCUUUUGGCAGGGAUCUUUUCACCUAUCCCAAGGGAUAUAAAGGUGAUGAUUCGUUGGUUGUGUCUCUCGCCGUUACUGAUGGUCAAUCAUUGCCUUCUGAAUGGGCAAGAUACGUGAAGUUUCACCUAACUAUAGUUAAUCAACUUUCUCAUGAACUCUCCAUACACAGAGAGACAAAUAUUUGGUUUGAUCAGAAAGCUCCAGGAUGGGGUUUAUCAGGAAUGCUACCCUUUGCAAAACUCCAUGAUAAAGAUGGUGGCUUCCUGGUGAACGAUGAACUAAAGAUUGUUGCUGAAGUUGAGGCUCUUGAAGUUAUUGGUACGUUAGAUGAGUCUAAAGACAAGACUUCAACAUCAGUAGAUGAAAGCAUUGAUGUCAAUGGGUUUCAAGUACUUCCUUCACAGGUAGCAUCUGUGAGGUGUAUAUUUGAAAAACACCCAGACUUUGCAUCAAAAGUCCGUUCAAAUAGUCAGCUUUUGAAGUCAUCAUACAUUAAUGCUCUUCUCGGACUAAUUGAAACACUCUGCCAGUUGCCUGACAAGCUCUCUGAUGAUGAUUUGGAUGAAGCAUCUGCUGCAGUUUCAUACUUAACCCAAGUUGGCUUUGAAGUGGAUUGGUUGGAGAAGAAGCUCGAGGAAGUAAAGGAAAAGAAGAAGAAAGUGAACAGUGGUAAGGCUAAGCUGGAACACAUGGAGAAAGAGUUGCAGAAUCUCACUAAGAAAUGCUCAGACCUGAAAGAUCUUUUGGAGAAGGAGAAUGCAGAUUUGUCUGCCACCAAUGUUGCCCUCUCGUUCAAUGAUGUUGUUUGA